UGGUGGUGGGCACCUGCAGUCCCAGCUCCUCGGGAGGCUGAGUUGGAUCACCUGAACCCGGGAAGUCAAGUCUGCCCUGAGCUGUGAUCCUUCCACUGCACCCGAACCUGGGCGACAAAGACCCUUUCUUUAAAAAAAAGUACAACUCUGUCCUUCACCUAGCUCAGAGACUGAGAAAUCGAUUCAAAAGAAGUUUCGGUGCUUGCUUCCCGUGGUAACAAGGGAGAUUGGGAAGUGAUUAAUUAAACACAUUUCCUCCACGAAUAGGAUGGACAAGGUCCUUUUUUAGGAAGGUAAAAAGGAGGGGCGUUGGUAGUAGGGAUCUUCCACAGAGGGGUAAAGUCAAGGAGACGGAAAUGAAGCGUUUGAACAAAGGGUGAGAAGCAAACUGGUAAAAGGCGAAAUCGAAGAAGUGGGUGUUUCAACGGUAGAGAGAAUAAUAGACGCAAAUUCGUCCUUUUACGUUCCCAGACGGCUCAGGUGGGGGAACAUAAGUCCUCACAAGCGCGCCCUAAUCCUAGCCACUUCCCUCACGAAGCUUUCACGCAGCCCCGGCCAAGGCCAGCGCCUCACAGCACACGCGCGGAUUCGUUUUUCCUCUGCUGACUGACAGGAAGCGGAAGCCGUGCGUGGGCGGCCGUUUCUAGUGCGCCUGCGUGGGAGGCCGUGUUUCGUGCUCCUGCGCGGCGGUGAAUCGCCGCCCUGCCUCUGUGUCUCCAGUAACUGCCCAGCGUUAACCGUUUAAGUCGCGGCUCAUGCCCCCAGUCUCCCGGUCCCGCUAUUCCGAGGACGUCCUGAGCUCUCGUAGACGGCGACGCAGCUCCUCGGGGAGCCCAGCAUCCGCGCGGAGCAGACGUUCCUCUAGGGAUGGCCGUUCGCGCUCUCACUCCCGCGGCCGUGAGGGCCUCAGGCCUCCUUGUAGUGAGUCGGGCGUGGACGUUCUUUACCCCAUUUGUACCUCUGGGUCGCAGGAGCGGCCCCCAGGGCUCCGCACCUACGCUUUACCUUCCUCCUCGUUGACCUCGUUGAGCGGAUAUCGCCACCGUCGCCACCAGUAUGCGGAAGAACGGCAGUGGGUGGAAGACUACGCGAAGGAGAAGGAAGAGAGCUAUGGGCAGAGGAGGCUGAAGGAGAGAGAGAGGAUUGGGGAGUUGGGAGCACCUGAGGUGUGGGGCCUGUCCCCAGAGUUUCCUGAACCAGAUUCUGAUGAACAUAGCCCAGUUGAGGAUGAAGAGGUAAAGCACAGGAAGAGCAGCGGCUCAGACUCCAGCUCGGAAGAAAAUGGGAAAAAGAAGACCAGUCGUUCAAGAAACAAGAAAAAAAGAAAGAAUAAGUUGUCUAAAAGAAAACAUAGGAAGUCUUCUGAUGAUAGUGACAGUAACUCAAACCCAGAAAAAAAUUCUAACUCUGAUGAUAAUAAAAAGAGAGUUAAAAAAGCCAAGAAGAAAGAGAAGAAAAAGAAACGAAAAACAAAAGAACCCAAGAAAAAGAAGAAUAAGAAGACUAAAAAAGAAUCCAGUGACUCAAGCUGUAAAGAUUCAGAAGAGGAGUUGUCUGAAGAUACGUGGAUGGAGCAGCCAAAUAUUGCAGAUACUAUGGAUUUAAUAGGUCCAGAAGCACCUAUAAUACAUACCUCUCAAGAUGAGAAACCUUUGAACUAUGGCCAUGCUUUGCUCCCUGGUGAAGGUGCAGCUAUGGCUGAAUAUGUAAAAGCUGGAAAGCGAAUCCCACGAAGAGGUGAAAUUGGGUUGACAAGUGAAGAGAUCGCUUCUUUUGAAUGCUCAGGUUAUGUCAUGAGUGGUAGCAGGCAUCGCAGAAUGGAGGCUGUACGACUACGUAAGGAGAACCAAAUCUAUAGUGCUGAUGAGAAAAGAGCUCUUGCAUCCUUUAACCAAGAAGAGAGACAAAAGAGAGAAAAUAAGAUUUUAGCCAGUUUUCGAGAGAUGGUGUACAAAAAGACAAAAGGGAAAGAUGACAAGUAAGGACUUGUUAGUUGCACAGCAGGACUUUUAACAAAAAAAUUUUAUAUGACCAGAAGUGUUAAAAGACUUUGCAGUGCUACUGUACUUAACGUAGUAAGUGUCUCAGGAAAAAGCUUCUUUUGUGAUGUCUUUAGCAGCUUAUUUUUUUUGACUUUAGAAAGUAACAGUUUUAAAAAUAGUCAUUACAGAGGGGAGUUAGUAAAAAGUGAAUCUUUCACCGCAGCCCCUGACACCUUUCUUCCAAAAAGUAUCUUUUUUAGUGUCCUCUACAUAGAAUGUACAUUCUGCACAUACACAAGGAUAUAUGUUGCAGGAUAAGGGUUAAGAGCUAUUAAAGUUUUUUUCUCCUGUUA